CAACGUAACUCUGCGUAGUCGUAGAGCGGCGGGCGCGCGCUCUGUCUCGACGAAGGCAGAGUUUAACGGUUCACCUUGCUGCCAGCCUGCGGCGGGAACGCGGCGUAACGUCCCCGGUACGUCGCUGUCAGACAAACCGACGUUACCCGUCCCAGCCAAACUGGUCCAGUUGGUCCCCAACCGACGGGGCAGCGCUUUGCCGAGCUAACCAGACGUUAGCAGCCGGUGAUGAGCAGGGGGGGCCUGUCUGCUCUAGGAUACCCAGUUUAAGGUUGCCGAACAGGCGCCGCCGCUCCACCAGCAUCAGCAGACUCUUCCUGGGACCUGUCCCGCUCCAUCCAGUGGGAACCGGACUGCACCGCCUGUUAGGACUCAGGCUUCAUGCUCGACCCUCGUGAGUCGGACCCACUAGCUAGGUAGCUAACGGUUUAGGCGUUCAGUUCACAAGCAGCCAGCCAGCAGGACACCGGCCGACUGACCGUCUGCGCCAUGGGGCUGCUGUCGCAAGGAUCCCCGCUGAGCUGGGAAGAAGCGAGGAAGUAUGCCGACCACAUCCGAAAGCACGGCAUCAUCCAGUUCCUCAAUAUCUACAACAAGGUCAAGGAUCGACAGAGAGAUGUGCUGAAGUGGGGGGACGAGGUUGAGUACAUGCUGGUGGAGCUGGACGACCACGACGAGAAGGUCCGACUGGUGUUGACUGGCGGAGAUCUCCUGCAAACCCUCCAGGAACAGGGAGAAAACGCCAACCCCAACCAUCCAACGCUCUGGAGGCCGGAGUAUGGGAGCUACAUGAUCGAGGGAACUCCAGGGCAGCCUUACGGGGGAACCAUGUCAGAGUUCAACACCGUGGAGAGCAACAUGAGGAAGAGGCGUCAAGAGGCUUCGGCUUUGUUGAAGAAGGACGAGACGCUCUGCACCAUCACCUCCUUUCCAAGGUUAGGUUGUCCAGGUUUCACCAAACCAGAAUACCGACCCACUCCUGUUGAGAAGGGAGUGUCAAAGUCUUUGUUUUUCCCCGACGAAGCCAUCAACAGACACCCAAGAUUCAGCACCCUGACCAGAAACAUACGUCAUCGACGAGGAGAGAAAGUAGUAAUAAAUGUGCCAAUCUACAGAGAUAAGUGCACACCGUCUCCGUUUGUGGAGGACUUCCCUGAAGACGACGGCGAAGCUGCGAGGGCCGCCCUGCCUGACCACAUCUACAUGGACGCCAUGGGCUUCGGCAUGGGAAACUGCUGCCUGCAGGUGACUUUCCAAGCUUGCAGCAUUGAUGAGGCAAGGUAUCUUUAUGACCAACUAGCGACGUUCUGCCCCAUUGUGAUGGCGCUGAGUGCUGCCUCACCCUUCUACAGAGGGUACGUGUCUGAUAACGAUUGUCGCUGGGGAGUCAUCUCGGCCUCGGUGGAUGACAGGACCCAAGAGGAACGUGGACUGAAGCCACUGAAAACCAACAAGUACAGGAUUUUCAAGUCCAGGUAUGACUCGAUUGACAGCUACCUGUCCUGCUGUGGGGAGAAGUACAACGACAUCGAUUUGACGAUAGACGAGGAGAUCAACAAGCAGCUGCUCGCUGCAGGGAUCGACAAGCUUCUGGCUCAGCACAUAGCUCACCUCUUCAUACGAGACCCGCUCUCCGUGUUUGAGGAGAAAUUACAUUUGGACGACGAAAACGAGUCCGAUCACUUUGAGAAUCUCCAGUCGACCAAUUGGCAGACGAUGCGCUUUAAACCUCCGCCUCCAAACUCCGACAUCGGCUGGAGAGUGGAGUUUCGCCCCAUGGAGGUUCAACUGACUGACUUUGAAAAUGCCGCGUAUGUGGUUUUUGUUGUCCUGCUCACCAGAGUGAUUUUAUCCUACAAACUGGAUUUCCUGAUUCCGCUGUCAAAGGUCGACGAGAACAUGAAGGUGGCGCAGAAGAGGAACGCGGUCCAGGAGGGCAUGUUUUAUUUCCGCAAAGACAUGUUUAAAGGCUGCAACCCGGGCUUGGAUUGUGCUUCUUCUGCUCAGAAUGGCGUAGAGAAUGACUGCGGGAACGAGGACUACACACUGAUGAGCAUCGACACGAUCAUCAAUGGAAAGGAGGGAGUAUUUCAAGGCCUCAUCCCAAUCCUUAACUGCUAUCUGGAAAACAUGGAAGUUGACGUUGACACCAGGUGCACUAUUUUGAAUUAUCUGAAGCUCAUCAAGAAACGAGCCUCAGGGGAACUGAUGACCAUGGCCAAGUGGAUGAGGGAAUUUGUUGCAAAGCAUCCUCAGUACAAGCAGGACAGCGUCAUUACUGACAAGAUCAACUUUGACCUGUUCAAAAAGUGCGACCGGAUCGCCAAAGGCGAAGAGCAGUGCCCCGAGCUCAUCGGCAACCCAGUGAGCCGCGUGAAAUGAGAAAACGCCGCACACUCGUAUAAUUCCCCCCCCCCCCCCCCCCCCAACCAACCAACCAACCAACCAACCAUGCACGAAGAAGACCAAAUCGAAGAGGUCCAACAAUUAACGAACGCAGCUGCAUGCGUGUGUUGUGAAGAAACACUUCUGUAUAUACGCUGUAUGAGAUUUUUAUGAUUACAGAAUUAUUUUAAUAGGACUACGAAAGGAGUAAUAGAAAAUCAGAUGUGUAUUUAUUUUUGUCUAAAAAAAAAAUGAAAGCACAUCUAUGUGAUAUUGUAAAUGUAGCGGAGUUGUACAGUAGGGUGCUUUCAAUCCUGUAAAUACUGAACCUUUUUUUUUUCUCCUUAAAUCAUUAACAUAAUUUGUUAUGUUUUUCUUACUUGAUUAGAAGUUUAACAUUAGGUUUGAUUUUCUUUUGUUUUGCAUUUUGCUUUGCUUUGCUCUGCUCACCUCUUAGUGGGACCUGGAAACUACUGUUGCAUUCAGAUAGAAAUGCUGAAGCACUGUUUGCAAUGCGAUGCUCUUUCCAAAUAAAUCUAUGAAUCUGUAAGCCAG